UACUUUCUAGUAAUAAACUAAUAAAAUAAAAAUAAAGUCAAUAUUAAUAGUAUUAUUAGUAUCAGGGAAAUAGUAUCUUUGUAAAGCGUCCAUGGUAUAUGGAGGAUAUGAAAUCUGGUUGGACUUGUUGGAAAAGCUACAGGUUAAUCUUCAUUUGGAGCGUCGUGUGAUAACAUGUUGUAGCCAGUAGAUGGCGUAACUGUACCACCGAAGUGGCUCGGCGUGUAGCGGGCGCGGGGCGCAGCCGCGCAGUAACUAGCUACUGAUCUCCAGUCCUGAGGCUACCUUUUUUAUUGCAACCUUUGGUAAUUCCCUAACAAAUCUGUAAAACCCCAGUCGGAGGCUAGACUUCAAGAUAGAUAUCCAUGAAUAUAUUGCCGCAUAUUCCAUUGCACCCAUCCAUAAACAUGACUGUGUGUUCAUACGGUGCACUCUGCGCGCAGACACCAACGCCUUUCCUGCACAGGUGUAGUAGCCCACCACUAAUACCCAAGCGCUGAUUGGCUAUAGCUUUCUCGCCGACCACAUAUACAGGCCUGUCUCCAAAUCCCAACGCAAACUGCCAAACAGAACAGAUAGGGGGGCCGCUGUGCGUUGCGUGCGUACAGGUCUACUCUGCGCGCCUGGCACAUCACCGGAUAACUGGGAAGCGGGAGCAGAUGUGGGCGAGAGAAAACAAACGAAUGGUUUUCCCAUCAGCUUGACUGCUGGGAGAAAAAGAGAGCAAGCGAGGAGGUGGAGAGGGAGAGAGAGAGAGAGAGAGAGAGAGAAAGAGUAACAGAGGGGAAUAGAGGCAGAGAGACAGAGUGAGAGAGACAGAGAGAGAGAUUGUUGGAGGAGCACUGGAACGGUGAACCGGCUGACAGACAGCCUCUCAGCUGCCGAAGGCGGACCGCAGACACGCGGCGGAUGUUCAACAGGGUUUCACACCUUUAGGUUUAGCAGUCGAGAGGAAGACGCGCGUGAUUCCAGCACAACACUUCCCGCCAACCGGUCAAACUAACUUUACGCGUCGCUGAGGAUUUCGUCGCCGGACCAUAGUAUAGGAAUACAAUUUUUUUCUACAUUUGGUUUAUUUAUUUUUUAAUGAUAUGAGACUUAAUUUGACGCAUUCUCUCAACUUACGUUUAUUGAAAGUUUUUUGUAUUUCCUGAGAGGGCGACUAUAACUUUUAACAUUGGAUCACUAAGACCGACUAUUACAGAAUACGCAGACUUCUGCGUAUUUUCAUUUAUUUAUUUUUCAUUUUCAACACCACAACGUUGGUGGAGAGUCUCCAACCGUGCGUUGCCAUGGGCACACUGCGCGACCUCCAAUACGCGCUCCAGGAAAAGAUCGAGGAACUGAGGCAGCGGGACGCGCUCAUCGAUGAGCUGGAGCUGGAGCUGGACCAGAAGGAUGAGUUGAUCCAGAAGCUUCAGACCGAGUUGGAUAAGUACCGCUCCGUCAUCAAACCGGCCACCGCUCAACAGGUGCGCCGGCAGAGCGUGCUGCACCGCGACCAGCACCGGAGCAAACGGCAGGCGAUAUCCGCGGAGCCCACUGCCUUUGACAUCACCGAUCUGAGCCACGUCACCCUUCCGUUCUAUGCCAAGAGCCCAGAGUCGAAGGAGCUCAUCAAGGAGGCCAUCCUGGACAAUGACUUCAUGAAGAACCUGGAGCUGUCCCAGAUCCAGGAGAUCGUGGACUGCAUGUACCCCGUGGAGUACGAGACGGACUCCUGCAUCAUCAAGGAGGGAGACGUGGGCUCCUUGGUCUAUGUUAUGGAAGAUGGCAGAGUAGAGGUGACCAAGGAGACCAUGAAGCUGUGCACUAUGGGUCCAGGGAAGGUGUUCGGAGAGCUGGCCAUCCUCUACAACUGCACCCGGACAGCCACCGUCCAGAGUGAGUGUCCCUAGGUGUCCUGUACGUCUGAGAGACUGCAGAACGGCCAGUGGUGAAGGAAUGACUCCAGUGGGAGUCGUUCCAAUACUGUAUUCCAAUAUAUCUACACAAUGUAUUCCUUUAGUGCAUUUUGGAAGGGAGAGAGAGGAAGAGGGAAGGAAGGGGGGAGUGAAAGUAGAGGAAAGGAAGUUGAAUGCAAUGCUCUAUGAAUUUAUUGAAUCUCUACGUGGUUAGAUGUCAUAUUUGGAGGUUUAAUAAUCAUAAAGUUAAUGGGUGGAUUUGAUCUGUCUAAGACAGGAAAUCGUUAUCUUCGAGGCCCAACUGCCUACAUUCAAUCAUGUACUGUGACCUCGUCAAUGACCUUGUUGCACCGUCUGCGCUUAUUAAUGCUAAACGGUUGCAUAAGGUUGAUGUUUUCCUACCGUUUUCCCUACAGAAUGGCAAUUGUGCCAUUCUGUGAGGUCAUGGGGUUACUAUGUUUUUCAUCGGUGUGUCUGUGAACUGUCUGUCUGCCGCUCUGUUUGUUGGUCCGUCUGCUGAGAUGAAAUUAACUCAAACCAACUCGACCUAAACUCACUGCAACGGACGGUGAAAUAUAUUUGCUCAGCCAAUGAUAGACAACUACAUACCUAGGGACUUAGCAUGUGUGGGUGUGUAUAUAAUAUGUAUGAAUAGAUAAAUGCUAAUGCUAAUGUAAGUAAGUUAGUAUCUAUUUGUUUGAAUGAAUAGCCUUUCGUCUACAUCGACAUCCUGUUGGUCGAAAUCAAAAGUUAACAAUGUGAGGAGUUGGAACGCAGCCGGUCCACUGUUGCCAGGCAACACAUUUAAUUCUAGUCAUUGAGCGGGGUUUUGGCUAGAAGAAUUUGGCAACAUUAUACUCAACCAAAUUCAACUCCACCUGACUCGACUGAAGGGGCAUUUUUGUGUGCAAGUUUGAAAUUAGUAGAAUGUGUUGUACAACACUCAAAAAUGUUUGACUUUGUUAGUGCUAGGUUGUAUGUCCUUUAUUGUAGUGUGUGUGUGUGUGUGUGUGUGUGUGUGUGUGUGUGUGUGUGUGUGUGUGUGUGUGUGUGUGUGUGUGUGUGUGUGUGUGUGUGUGUGUGUGUGUGUGUGUGUGUGUGUGUGUGUGUGUGUGGUUUGUUUGUUUUGUCCCACGAGAUGUGAAUGGGUUUCUGAUCAUGUUGAAUCACCUGCCUCGUCCAAGUCAAAAGGUCUCUAUUUAUACAACAUUUCAAAUGCAGGGGUCUUGGCACUUAAAGAAAACAUACACAAAUACAAACAUACACACACACACAAACACACACACACACACACACACACACACACACACACACACACACACAUUGAUAGCACAUGUUGCACACCUACACAAUGGACGUUUGCCUGGUUCACAUCACAACGCGAACGAAAAUGCAAAACUAGUUCUAUAAAUAGGCUGCGUAUCUUUCUGCCUUUGUUUUCUUUCUGUCUUUCUUCCUCUCUCUCUCUCUCUUUCACUCUUUCAAUCUUUCUUUCUUUCAUUAGGUUGUUUCCAAUCAUUUCAUUCAACAGACCGGUUUCUAUUGAAAGUCGGAAUUCAAUCAAGUCUUGCGCGCAUUAAUUUAUCGGCUUUACACGCAUGAGUGAACGACAGCCCUUCACACCAUCACCCACCUGUGCAAACACCUGGGGGUCCAAUGUCCUCCAACCUUUGACGCCAAAACGUUUCCCUCGCUGUUGACCUUUAGAAACACAGCCAGCAAAUAAACUCACAGCAUGACUUAAGAAUGGCUAAAUCAUGUGGUUGUAGUUUCCAGAUUAAUGCUUCUAUGAUG